GCCGCCGAUCCGUCGUCUUCGUCUUCCCGCGCUCCGCGAACCCUAGAGAUCCGGCUCCGCCUCCUUCUGCGGCCAUGACUUUCAAGCGCAGGAAUGGCGGGCGGAACAAGCACGGCCGCGGCCACGUCAAGUACAUCCGCUGCUCAAACUGCGCCAAGUGCUGCCCUAAGGACAAGGCUAUCAAGCGUUUCUUGGUGAGGAACAUUGUUGAGCAGGCUGCAGUCAGGGAUGUGCAGGAGGCUUGUGUGCAUGACGGCUACAUUCUCCCCAAGCUGUAUGCUAAGGUGCAUCACUGUGUCUCAUGUGCAAUCCAUGCUCACAUUGUCCGUGUGCGCUCACGUGAGAACAGGAGAAGCCGUGACCCGCCACAACGUUUCAGGCGCAGGGAGGAUGGCCCGAGGCCUGCGCAAAGUGCACCACGCCCUGGUGGUGCUCCUCAAGCUGCUGGUGCCACUUCUGCUGCUGCUCCUCGCACAUGAGAGCUUGUUUCGAGGUGUUUGGGAAACAUGGAGUCAUAGGAAAAAAUGUUUAUUGCUGACGCUUUUGUGAGACCAAAGGUGCCGUAAUAUUUUGUUCACACGUGAAUCAUCGCUAUUAUUACGCUCCUAAAUGUACGCAUACUUUGUGUUAAUCUCAAUGGUACUAAGCUUUCAUGUUGCCA